AGAGGAGGGGCGGGGGCGGCAGGUGAAGAGGAGGGGGUGGAGUUUCCCUCUGAGCAGGUGCAGACGGACGAAGAAUACUUAAUGGAGCUAGAGAAACAGCUGAGCGAUGAAGAGAAGGAGGUUCGGCGGCAGCAAAGUCUCAGCCUCAAAGACAAAGGAAACCAGCUCUUCAAAGACCAGGACUGGUGUUCAGCAGAGAGAGUUUAUUCUGAAGCUCUGAGUCUGUGUCCUCUGAGCUUCAACUCUGACAGAGCAGUUCUCUACUCCAACAGAGGGGCCGCCAGAGUGCACCUGGGGGAGAAAGACAAAGCCAUCGCCGACUGCACCAAAGCUCUGGAGCUGAAGCCGGAUUAUCUGAAAGCUCUUCUGCGUCGAGCUGAACUUUAUGAACAAACCGACAAACUGGACGAAGCUCUGGACGACUACAAGAAAGUCCUGGAGAGAGACGCACACAACAGCACGGCCAGAGGGGGCGCUAUGAGACUUCCUCCUCUGAUCCACGAGAGAAACGAGAAACUCAAAGAGGAAAUGAUGAGUAAACUAAAGGAUCUUGGGAACAUGAUUCUUCGUCCUUUCGGUCUCUCCACGAAUAAUUUCCAGCUGAACCAGGAUCAGAGCACAGGAGCCUACAACAUCAACUUUGUACAGAAUCCAAACAACAACAACAGAUGAUCAGAGGUUAACCAGGACUCGACCAGGACUCGACCAGGACUCGACCAGGACUCGAGGACUCGACCAGGACUAAAGCAGGACUAAAGCAGGACUAAAGCAGGACUAAAGCAGGACUAAAGCAGGACUAAAGCAGGACUAAAGCAGGACUAAAGCAGGACUAAAGCAAGGCUAAACCAGGACUGGCACAGGACUGACCCAAAGCACAGGAGCCUACAACAUCUACUUUUUACCAAACCACAACAACAGACGAUCAGGACUAGAUCAGGACUAGAUCAGGACUAGAUCAGGACUAGAUCAGGACUAGAUCAGGACUAGAUCAGGACUAGAUCAGGACUGGACUAGACCAGGACUUGACAACUGUCAUUUGUCAAAGUGCGUCUGCAUUGAAGAAAUGUUCUGUCCAAAGUUUACGUCAAAUAAACGUUGAUUUAUUUAAAUAUA